UGGGGAAGCGCGGCUUUCAGGCUGGUGGGGUGUGUUGGGGGUUGGGUUUCCAGCAUCCUCCAAGGAUACACCCGGAUACCCAAGCCAGGGAAGGAAAUGGAGAGUCUUUUCAUUCGAUCACCCCACUGGGGGAUAACCCUUCUAGUGGAAAGUUAGGGAAGGGAACUUGGAGGGGAAAAGGAGAGGGAGCGUUGAUAUCCCCCCCUAUUUCACGCUCCCAUUUCUCUCUCCCAUUUGUGGUGCUCCGCGCGCUCUAGUUUGGGGGCGGGGUGGAUGCUCGCGGUGUUGUUCGCUCGUGCUUCUUGCACUGGGUUACUCCUGAAAGAGCUGGAGCUGGAGUUCUUGCAGGUUAAGGGAAGGGAGGGGGUGGGCCGGGUCGGGUUCAGCUGGGUUGCUUGGAACUGGGAUCCAAGGAGCUACCCCCCACCCCGGGCCCGGCACUACUCAGGGCUCUUGGAGGAAUCGGCUGCAGGAGGAAUAGCAAGCAGCAUCUGAAGGCAUGAAGGAGGUGUAAGGCGAGAGCCCCUCGCCUCCCCCCCACCCCCAGUUUUACGUUACGAGCCUACGUUGGACUCUAUGUGUCAGUCAUCCAAGGACCAGCCUUGUUAAGGCUCAGAGAAAUUCAGUAACCCAAGGCUAUUGAUCAGGAUUCCCAAAGUUAUUGAAGUUUGAUGCUUGUGGCAGAGUUGGGAUUGAUACAUCCACCUGGUGUGUUGUCAGACAUUCUGUGGCUUGGUGGCAGGUGAGCUGACACAUAGAUUCAUCUCGGGAUGCCAUUAGUAAAGAGAAAUAUUGACCCCAGGCACCUGUGCCAUACAGCAUUGCCCAGAGGCAUUAAGAAUGAACUGGAAUGUGUAACCAAUAUCUCCUUGGCAAAUAUAAUUAGACAACUAAGUAGUCUGAGUAAAUAUGCUGAAGAUAUAUUUGGAGAAUUAUUUAAUGAAGCACACAGUUUUUCCUUCAGAGUCAACUCUUUACAAGAGCGGGUAGACCGUUUGUCUGUCAGUGUUACACAACUUGAUCCCAAGGAAGAAGAAUUGUCAUUACAAGAUAUCACCAUGAGAAAAGCUUUCCGGAGUUCUACAACCCAAGAUCAACAGCUGUUUGACCGAAAGACUUUGCCAAUUCCAUUACAAGAAACUUACAAUGUUUGUGAACAGCCUCCACCUCUCAACAUACUCACUCCUUACAGAGAUGAUGGUAAAGAAGGUUUGAAGUUUUAUACCAAUCCUUCAUAUUUCUUUGAUCUAUGGAAAGAAAAAAUGAUACAAGACACCGAAGACAAAAGGAAGGAAAAGAGAAAGCAGAAGCAGAAGAAUCUAGAUCGACCUCUCGAACCAGAAAAAGUGCCAAGGGCACCCCAUGACCGGAGGAGAGAAUGGCAAAAGUUAGCCCAAGGACCCGAGCUUGCAGAAGAUGAUGUGAACCCCUUACAUAAGCCAAGUGAAGUUGCUAAUGGCCCAGCCUCUCAGUUUGAACCAAGACCUCAGGCAUAUGCGGAUCAUAUGGAUGCCUCUUAUUCACUUUCUGCAUUACCCUUUAGUCAGAUGAGUGAACUUCUAAACAGAGCUGAGGAAAGGGUCUUAGUGAGACCACAUGAGCCACCCCCACCUCCUCCAAUGCAUGCAGCAGGAGAUGGAAAACCUGCACCUACUUGUAUCAGCUCUGCUCCAGGCUUGGUAGAAAGCCGGCCGCAGUCUCCAGCCACAGGCAGAACAGCGGUGUUCGUGAGCCCCACACCCCCACCUCCUCCACCUCCUCUUCCGUCUGCCUUGUCCACUACUUCAUUAAGAGCUUCAAUGACUUCAACCCCUCCCCCUCCAGGACCUCCCCCACCUCCACCUCCAGCUGCUGCUCUUCCGGCUCCAGCAGUGCCGCCCCCGCCAGCUCCUCUACAGAUCGCACCUGGAGUCCUUCACCCAGCUCCUCCUCCGAUAGCGCCGCCUCUGGUGCAGCCCUCCCCGCCAGCCACUAGGGCUGCCCCCGCCUGUGAAACUGUGCCCGCCCACCCACUGCCCCCAGGGGAAGCGCAAGGGCUGCCCCCGCCCCCCCCGCCGCCGCCCCUGCCCCCGCCGGGCGGCGCGCGGCCGGCGUCCCCGGUCCCCGUCGCAGCUCUUUCUCAUCCUCUCUCCGGAGUUCACCCGCCCCCCUCCGCUGCCCCCGGGCCUCACGUUCCGUUAAUGCCGCCUUCCCCUCCGUCACAACUUGUUCCUGCUCCCGAGCCGAAGCGCCAUCCGUCCACCCUGCCAGUAAUAAGCGAUGCCAGGAGCGUGCUUCUAGAAGCGAUACGGAAAGGUAUUCAGCUACGAAAAGUCGAGGAACAGCGUGAACAAGAGGCUAAGCACGAGCGCAUCGAGAACGACGUGGCCACCAUCCUGUCCCGCCGGAUCGCCGUGGAGUACAGCGAUUCUGAGGAUGACUCGGAGUUUGAUGAAGUGGAUUGGCUGGAGUAAAGAACCAUCCCUGGAGAUGCGACCCAACGGAAUGCAACGUCCGCCGUGGUGCUUGAUCUUUGAGAAUGGUUGAUCAUGACUAGCGUUCUGUAUUUUUUCCCCAUUAAUCCUUUUUUUUUAAAUCCCAUUUUUCAGUUUACAAGAAAACUAGCACAUCUUUCAAGCUAAGUGUUUCACGGUGGCUUUUCUUACAAUUUUUUUUCCCAAAAGACCAUACUUUGUCCAUAUAGACCACUAAGUAUUAAGCAUGGGCAGCUUUUGCUAGAGUAGCCAAUUCAAAGGUUUUUUUGUUUGUUUUUUUAACAUCUUAAUUGUGCACUUUGUGAAUUUUAAGUUAAUGAAGGUAACUGAGAUUGAAAUUCCAAGGGCAGCUGUAUGUGUUAAUGAGCCUUACUCCAUUUUAAUCAAUUGCAAGAAAUGCAUUAAAUCUGUCAAAAGAUCACUACCUUGAUUCUGUGAGUUCACCGAGAAAGGACUAUAGUUUGUAGUACUGAGUACACUUCAAGAAAAGAGAAUGCUUGAGCUUUUUUUAUCUUUUUUGUUUGUUUGUUUUUAAAUAAUUAUGGCCUUAUAUUUGAAUGGUUAGCCGUCCCCCUUCCCCUGGCACUCCAACCCUUAAUAUACAUAUUGUGUGUGGUACUAUUUGCCUGCCUAUUUCGAUUUUUUCAUGUGAAAUAUUCUGACUGAAACAUAUUGUGUAACUUAUGUAACUGUUAAGAAUAAUAGUCUGAUUUAAUAAAUGGUUCAUUUUAAAUGUU